CACGACGGCACUCCAAACACUGGAUGCGAGGAAGGCGUUGAAUGAAGAAGCACUUUGGAGGACAGUUUCGGUGCACUGUGAUAUUGGGGAUCUACCUAAACAAGAACCAUGCCUACCGUGGUCUUAAUGGACGUAUCCCUGUCCAUGACACGGCCAGUCUGUCUGGAUGGCAGCGAGGAGUUUCAGAGGAAGAACCUCGCUGUCCACGGCCUCAACAUGUUGUUUGAACAUAUGGCCUCAAACUAUCGCUUGGAGUUCACAGCACUGAUGGCUUUCUCUUCCCUCUGGGAGCUCCUGGUGCCUUUCACCAGGGACUACAAUGCAUUGCAGGAGGCCCUUAGCAGAUUGGAAGACUACGACAAGACUUGUGUUGAAUCAGCACUUAAUGGUGUCAAUAAUGUCGUACAGCAGGAGUGGGGAAGUGCAUGUCCCUGUCAGUUGGUGCUCGUCACUGAUGGAUCUCUGGGUAUAGGAAAGGGCUCCCUCAGACACUCGCUCCAAACACUGAAGCAGCGUGGAGAAGACAAGAAGUUUCCUCUGCCUUUUCCUUUCCCAACCAAGUUGUUCAUCAUGUGUGUAGCCAAUGCAGAGGAGCUUCAGGCGACCGACGCCAUGGACAACUUAGAGGAGCUGCUUCGCCUCAGCGGAGGGGACGGACAGAUCUUCACUGUGGACGGACCUCUUUGCAUGAAGAGCGUACAGGGCAUGUUUGGACGGCUGAUUGAUUUUGCAUACUCGCCGUUCCACGCUGUUCUGCACUGUGGCAAUCUGUCGUCAGACGUCCAGGUGUUCCCCCGCCCCGAGCCCGUCGUGGUGGACGACGAGGUGGAGCCCAUGCCACAAACCGUCAGCACAGAUUUGGAAAUUGUGGGUUUCCUAGAAAUUGCCGACAUCUCUAGUCCACCUGUUAUAUCCAGACACCUGGUUCUUCCUAUUGCAGUAAACAAAGACGUGGACGAGGUCGGGGCCGGUGCCACAGAUGAGCUUGAGGAGGAACCCUCCGCAAGUCAGAUGGCAGGAAAAAGUCCCAACUUUUGUGUCUUACUGCAUGGAAGUCUGAAGGUGGAGGGCAUGGUGGCGCUGGUUCAGCUGGGGCCAGAGUGGUUCGGUAUGCUGUACGCUCAGGCAGACAGCAAAAAGAAAUCCAACCUGAUGAUGUCUCUGUUUGAGCCUGGUCCGGAGCCUCUGCCCUGGCUGGGGAAGAUCUCACACCUGGGGCCAAUCUCAGAAGCUGCUGAAAACCCGUACGGAGAGGACGACAGUAAGAGUCCUUUCCCCGUGACGCCGCAGGCCAAACGGAGUUACGCCCAGAACGUCACGGUGUGGAUUAAAGCCAGCGGGCUGCAGACUGAUGUCCAGAAGAUCCUGAGAAAUGCAAGGAAACUUCCUGAUAAAACUCAGACUUUCUACAAGGAGCUGAACCGCCUGCGGAAAGCCGCCUUGGCCUUCGGCUUCUGGGAGCUCCUGAAGGGCGUGGCCGAGCUCCUGGAGAGAGAGUGCACCCUGCUGCCAGACUCGGCCCACCCCGACGCCGCCUUCCAGCUCACCCACGCCGCACAGCAGCUCAAGCUGGCCAGCACCGGCGACUCCCAGUACGCCGCUUUUGAUCACAACAUCGUUCCCAUGCACACCGACUUCUCCAGCUGAGCCACUUCCCAAUUAGAACUGAAACACGGACGCCUGAGCGGAACAGCAUCUGAAGUAUUUCACGUGUUGUUUGAAGAACUCAAAGGGACUCGUCAUUUUUUUGUGAAAAUGAGAUGAAAAUGUUAACAUGUAUAUAUAUUUUAGUUUUUUUUUUUUUUUUUUUUUUUUUUUACAUGUCUUUGUAGGAAUUUUCCAGAAACAGACCACAUUAAAACUUCAUUUUUAUUCAGGGUUGAAUAACUGCCACACGUACAGAAAACGCUGGAAGUUACUGUUCAGGUUCUCUUUCAAAAUGACUGCAACUCUCAGAAUAUUAACAUGAUUUAGCGGUCGCCGGCAUGUUUUUCCCCUGAGCUUUGUAGGACGGAUGCAUCGGAAAUAACAACUUAUUCAUAAUAAUUAAUUAAGGUUGAUUUCUUCACAUGAUAUCACAACUGCAGUGUGUUCUUAUCAGUGCUGGUUACAGUCGAAAACACCACUGGGUUGAAAAAAAACGGAUCAAACAAACACGAAGCGCAGUAAAAUGGAGGAUACCUAAUCCUGAUGCUCUAUAAGAGUUCUGAAGUCUGUCUGAUUUUAGAGAAACUGUUCAGUGAGUGCGAUCAUAAUCACAUAAGCAAUGAUGUAAUGCUGUUAAAACCUCAACACAAAGGAAAUUAGUUUGACGCCACUAAAAAAGGAAAAGAAGUAAACUAAAUGUCUGAAGCUCGAUUUUUAACAACAGAGAUCAAUUAACUAUUUUCAGAAAUGAGCAGGCAGCAGAGGUGUCAGAAGAACGUUAUUGUCAAUUUGCCUUCCUCUUUUUGGUGCUGAGGCGCUUCUGCCUCUGCUUGUAGAGGUGCCGCAUGUUAAAAUAAAGUCCUAAAAAAAAUAAGGGGAAACAGGCAGAUUAACACCAGAACGAAAACCUUGACUUCAGACUGUAAAACAUGUUGACAGAUUAUGAUUUUGGGACUUACCCACAAACAUGACGGCAACAUAGGGGUACAAGAGGCAGGAGAAGCUGAGAGACGUGCCGAUUGCUUCUGGCAGAGGAAUGCUGAAGAGUCGGGUUUCGUCGAAGAUGGGAAUGGAUUGUAUCACUCCAGCAACUACGAUAGGCGAUGAGACUCUUUUCAGUAUUUGCACUGAAGAAAUGUAAAUGUUUCACAAAGUGAUCAAUCUUACGUUCAGAUAAAACCCCUAACGGAUACAGUGGUAUCCAGAUGCUGUACCGCAGCCAGGUUAGAGGUUUCCAGUCUACAUUGAUGCAGCCCAGCAUGUAAAAUGGGUACCUGAGAAAGCAGCAACACGUUGGAAUUGAGCAUCAUUAUACUGCCCAAUAACUUGAAGGUUAUUAAAGAGCCGACACUUCUUAACUUAAAGUCUGUUGUACAGCAGGAAUUCCUGCUGACAAAUUGUAAAACGUAGUAUAUAAUUGUUUCUUUUAAAGUCAAAAUUGCCAAAAUCAGUUUGUAAAACUUCUCAACUUUAAGAGGUUAAUUUCAGGGUAAAUGCAGGCCACUAAAUUUGGUCACUGUUAGGGUUUCAUCUUUUCUUUUUAACAAAAUCAAUUGAAAGUAUUACAGACAAGAAAUUUGCUUAAAAAGUGUCAGUUUUUUUUUUUUUUUUUGUUUUUUUAGAAGACACAGCCUUGACAAUAAUAAACUUGAUUGUUAACAGGAAAACCAAGUGAACGUGUACUUGCCUAACAAGCUCAAUAAAACUCCACAAGUAGAAAACAAAGAAGACGACAGGCUGGCGGUGCAUUUGCUCCAGGCUACCAAAAAUGAUGAAAAGGAAGAAAUUCCUUCCAAGCACCUGGUGCAUGAACAAAGGUGACAGAAGCGCUCGUCAUGAACACGAUAAGACGGCAUUAGCGGAAAGAAAUGUUAUCUGUCUGCGAUGCUGAACACAAACUGAAAUAACAUACCUGUCCAACAGUUGGACCAAUGGGUGAGUGGACGAUGCCCAAAGCGACGUUGAGAAUUUCCACAAAUGAAAGAGCCUGGCAGAAGUACAUCACGUCCGACAUUGUGUGAAAUGUGUCGUAGAAGGAAUCUGAAACGAGACCAGGUUUCGGUGAUUCGGCUGAUCCAUCGAUACAAAUAUGACAUCCAACUAAAAAAAAAAGCUGUAAAAAUGUGCCGAUUCUCUCACCUUUUCCAAA